GGCGUUUGCUGUUUAGGAUUUUGCUCUGACUAUUCCCGGUUGUAAGACGUUCGGAUAUUUUUUUGGAACUGUCAUGCGUACAACCGCAGAAUGUUCCUUGGGUCGCAUCCAAACCCGCCAAAAGAACAAUUGUAGCUUCGUUAGCCAGCUUGCGAGUCACAAAGCAACAUUAGCGUCAUCGCUAGCAGAUCAAAUUGUUAUGCUAAUGUAGCUAAAUCAAAGCAGCAGCUGCUCAUUUGUCUUUAGUUUUUUAGUGCAGUCAGGUCGUGACCUAGUAAGUUAAUAUGUCGCCUGUCGGAUAUAAUUGUCGGCACGCUAGCGAACUACAUCGCCGUCCGUUCGGAGUUGCGUUACCGACCACUUAAGCAGCGAGAAUUUAAUAUUCGCUCCACUCCCGUCCGCUCAGCCCCAGAGGGAAGUAUCGUGUUUCUCAUCCGCAGCUGCAAAAUACUCGACUGGAUCGUCGCGCGCCGAGUUUGUUGUUCUUGCGGCUUUGGGCGCCUGGAAGGCGGAUUAGCCAAAAUGACGUGACGAAAGAUGCGGCGAGGCGACUCGUCGCCGUCUCGAAAGGCGGCAGAGUAUAAAUGGGUGCUGGCGGCUUCCAAGGAGGGCUGGCAUCCAUCUUCUUCCGUGUUGAUUUCAGCAGCUGAAAUCCCAGGAGGCCCGGAGAACUUUCUUGACAUUCCAAAGAGCAAAACAAAGGACCCGGCCGCAAUGAAUGAUCGACGAUGAGGACGUCGGACUCGAGGAGACCAUCCCACCGCGGCUGAUUAACACUAAUGCGGGUCAAAUGUCCUUUUAGGGAUCCAAACAGCACCACGAAAGGCCAUUAAAGCCACUCAAGGGAAAAAAUAGUUUCAGGGAGGGGUAAAAAUUCAAAAGAUGAAAACCGUAACCUUUGUUUAAAAUUGAAACGCUGCAUUACAACCCUAACGUGUGUGCCAGCGGUUCCUUUGCUAUUCUUGCCGAAGUGACGUUUGAUUUUCCUUUUCCUUGUGGAAGUUAAUCCGCACGACAAUCCAAUAGCCGCCAGCGUGCACAUUUAUUCUGAUGCGCAUAAAAAUGAUGGUUGAUCAAUUUAUUUGGAUAAAAUAUUAGGCUAAUUAUCAGAUGUCAAAACAGCAAGAACAUGCUGAUUUCAUAAAAUGUAUUCAUGAAAACUUCUGCCCUAAUCAGGCCAAGAUCAGUGAACUUUCCCGCUGUAAAGUUUAUCGCCAACAGGGGGCAGCAGAGUAGCUUCCAACAACCAUGUGUGGCUUUCGUCUGUAGGUCUCAUCGCCAACAGGGGGCAGCAGAGUAGCUCCCAACAACCGUGUGUGGCUUAUGUUGAUCUCAUCGCCAACAGGGGGCAGCAGAGUAGCUCCCAACAACCGUGACGUCAUUGUUAAAUAGUGACUUGCUCACCGCAAUUGUGCACGGAGUGACUCCUCUUUCCAAAAAUAAAGACUCUUGGAGACGCGUCACUUCCGCCGUUUUCUUGGCUGCUCAGUUAGUGAGCAGCCUGUUUGCUUUGCCUCAACAACAACAAAGACAAGAAGAAGCUUCACAAAAACAACAAUCCCCAUUUUGUGCUGACAUGUCGCCCAAAUGUUCCCCCACCGUGCAGUGCUUGUUAUAAGCAAAGCCGGAAAUGCUUCGUCGUGACCGCUAGCAGUUUGUUCGCCUGCCCGCUAGCAUUCGGGGGACCAGCAGAACCGGAACCACAAACUCCGGGAAGGGCGCCGCGGCGGAUGGCAUGAUGAGCAAAGCGGCCACCGUGGAGAUCCCCAUCAACAGCAACGGUGACAUGAGCACGCUAGCGGAGGACGAUAGCCUGGAGCAGGCGACAAAGCGGCAGUGGCAUUUAGAUGAGAAGGACCUGCAGCAGGUGAUGGUAUCGGGUCCGAACCUCAACGAGACCAGCAUUGUGUCGGGCGGCUACGGCGGUUCGCCACAGGGCGUCGUCAUCCCCACCGGAUCCAUCAAAGGCCCGGCCGUGCGCUACAAUCCCGACUUUAACAAACGGAUCCCGGUCGCAGGUUCUGGAUCGUCCGCGGCGGAUGAGGCCGCCCGAGGCGUGGCGGCGGAGAAGCUGGAUAGCGUCAAGAAAUGGGGUCUCAACACUUACAAGUGCACCAAGCAGAUGAUCUCGGAACGUUUUGGGCGCGGCUCGCGGACGGUGGACCUCGAGCUGGAGGCGCAGAUCGAGCUACUGCGGGACACCAAGCGCAAAUACGAGAGCGUGCUGAGACUGGCCCGAGCGCUGACCGAUCAUUUCUACAACAUGGUGCAGACGCAGCAGGCGCUGGGCGACACCUUCGCCGACCUGAGUCAAAAGUCGCCGGAGCUUCGGGACGAGUUUGGCUACAACGCCGAAACGCAAAAGCUGCUGUGCCACAACGGCGAGACUCUGCUCGGCGCCAUCAACUUCUUUGUGUGCAGCAUCAACACCCUGGUCAACAAGACCAUGGAGGACACGCUCAUGACCAUCAAGAUGUUUGAAAAUGCCAGGUUGGAAUUCGACGCGUACCGCUCGGACCUGGAGGAGCUCAGCUUGGGGCCUCGGGAUGCGGCGGCCGUGGCCCGCAUAGACGCGGCGCAGCGGCACUACCAAGUCCAGAAAGACAAGUACGAACGACUGCGCUCGGACGUCUGCGUCAAACUCAAGUUCCUGGAGGAGAACAAGGUGAAGGUCAUGCACAAGCAGCUGCUGCUCUUCCACAACGCCAUCUCGGCGUACUUCGCCGGCAACCAACAGCAGCUGCAGCAAACGCUCGAGCACUUCAACAUCAAGCUGAAGCCGCCCGGAGCCGACAAGCCGUCCUGGCUGGAGGAGUCGUGAGGAGGAGCUGACCGGACCGUGCCCGCCAGCCUGGAAUAGCGAGCGGGCCAGUUCCCCGCAAGCUUGCAAUCGUGCGUUUCGACUGCUUCGAUGUCGAGUUCGCGGACUGAAAGCCAUCGAAGCGCCACCCGGUGGAAACGGAGGCAACGUCUCCAAUGGCAAAUUUUUACUUGAAAAGGAAACUUUUUUUUUUUUUUUCCCUCUAUUUCAUUUUGGGCUCGACUUGGCCAACGUGCAAAUUUGUGGACCAAACCACUCCUGUCUUGUAUUGUACUUAGCUUUACUCAUUUAUCUGUUUAUGGCGCUGUUAGUUGGCUCUUUGUUGAGGUUGACUACUACACAAAAGACAAUUAAACGUGAUAUAUGGAAACACCAAA